UGAUUGAUCUGGUUUAGACAUUCUCGGAAGAUUUCAAUUUUCCCGCGCUUUCCUGAAGCUUUUGUAGGGAAGCUGUAGACAAGGUGCUCGACUAAUUGCCCCUGAGAAGUCUUCAAAAAAUGCGCAGAUAUUUGACUCUCUUGCAACUGCGUAUAAGUUAUCGGAACAAUGGAACGAGAAUAUUCGAUGGAUUAUCAGGUUAUAGGAGUACGCAGAUCAUGCACAAAACGACCGUCGGCAAACCGAAGCAAAAAGUAUACCAUAGGGUGCACGAACUCGAUCGGGUGAUGGAACUCCAAAAGAAGCCGUUACUUAUCUUGAACCUCAAAUCGAUUAUCCAAUCCCAGAAGACAGAGUCCAUUCUUCUCAGAGAUUUAGAAAAAGAAGUUGGGUUUGUGCAGAAAUGGAAUUACAUGGCCGUCAUCGAAAAAUACCACCCGAUUUUCCGGGUUGUAGGCGGUGAGGGCAGCAGAUCGCCGCCAGCUGUUACUCUAAGUGAAAAGGCGAAAAAGAUUGCGUCUUUAGAAUCCGAAGCAUUAGUGCAAAUGGAACCCGUUUUGGUUCGGAAUUUAAAGAAGCUGUUGAUGCUGUCGGUUGACUGUCGAUUGCCGCUAGAAACGAUUCAGUCAAUCGCUACUGAAUUGGGAUUGCCUAGUGAUUUCAAGAACUCGUUGAUUCUAAAGUACCCUCAGUUUUUCCGGUUGGACGAGUUCAACGGGAGGGUGUAUCUGCAUUUGGAGAAUUGGGAUUCUUCACUAGCUGUAACCGCCCGCGAAGAGAUGCUGCCGCCGAUCUCCGACGCCCAAUUGAAGAGGGGUAAAAAGAUAUCGAAAGACGGCAACUUUUCGGGCCCUUUUGCGUUCCGACUGAAGUACCCUAUUGGUUUCAGGCCGAACGUGAGUUAUCUAGAGGAAGUACAGCGGUGGCAGAAAAUGGAAUUCCCUUCUCCGUACUUGAACGCGAGGCGGUUCGAAGCAGCAGCCGAUCCGAAAGCUCGGAAAAGAGCCGUGGCGGUGCUCCACGAGCUCCUCAGUUUGACCAUGGAGAAGAGGUUGACUUCCGCCCAGAUCGAUGCGUUUCAUUCGGAGUAUCGUUUGCCAGCUAGGUUAUUGCUUUGCUUGAUAAAGCAUCAAGGUAUUUUCUAUAUCACCAAUAAAGGUGUGUUUAGUACCGUAAUCUUGAAAGAGGCUUAUGAUGGAUCGAACUUGAUCGAUAAAUGCCCCCUAAUAAAAUUUAGAGAUAAUUUUUUGGCGUUAAUGGGUAGGAACGAGUCUUCUUGUGUUGUAAACUGAGUACGUUCGUUUGAGAAAACGAUGAUUGUGUAAUGAAUUUAGAUACAUAUGUUGGCCUCGAUCAAAUCGGCAAUCGCCGUAGUUAAAUGUGGCAUUUCAAGAAUCAUUUCUUUAAAAUUCAAUUUGUGGUUUUCUUUUUCAACAUUGAGAAGAAUUCCUUGUU